AUGAAGGCGGUAGCGGUCAUCAUCUUCGUCUUCUUCCUCUUCAGGUUGUUCUGCAUCUUCCUCCGCUUCCACCGCCGCCCUAUCCCUUAUUACCUCGCGGCGCUCGCCCUCCUGCGCCACCGGCGGCGGAUCGACCACAUGAUGAAUCGUGACUACUUUAACGACGGCCGUCAUGAGACGAUGCAAAAGGGCGUGGAAGCCGCCGUGAUGGAGACGUUCCCGGUGCUCCGGUAUGCGGACGUCAGGAAGCUGAUGGAGAAGAAGGUGGUGAGGGAAACGGGCGCAUGCGCCAUUUGCUUGUGCGAGUUCGAAGCGGGGAGGAGCUUGUUGAGGCUGUUGCCUAAAUGUGACCACGUGUUCCACGUGGGUUGUAUUGACAGGUGGCUGGCUUUCCACGUCACGUGUCCGGUCUGCCGAGCCGAGUUGACGGCGGACUCCGGUGACGGGGACAAGUUUGAGAGGUGA